CGAGUAGAGUAUAAUUUACCAAACGUCGAAGAGUACGUUUCUGAAUUCCCCCUUUGUUUUUACGUUCACGUCGGUUACAGAAGCAGAGGAGAGCUUGAUUGGCUAGCUUAAAAAGCUUUAUUUCAUAUUUUAUUAAUCGCGUUAGAUCCGUGUCGUGGGAUAGUGAUAGCGCUAUAAAACCCACCACUCUCUGUGAGCAAAACCAUCAGUUACAAAGCAAGCAACGCUUUUACGAGCUCGAAGAAGCUAUUCAGUUCUUAACUUACUUUCGUUAAACCAGCUUUUCACUUGUUUUUAUUUUUUCCCCCUAAGUUUUCUGUGAUUCUUGAUCUGAAUGGCGGAACAGGAUCACCACAAGAGCCAUGAGUCUGAGACCCCUGUCGUUGGUGGGGGUGCAGCUGUGGAGACCAAGGAUCGUGGGCUUUUUGAUUUCAUGGGGAAGAAAGAGGAAGAGAAGCCUCAAGAAGAGGUGAUCGUCACAGAGUUUGAAGAAAAGGUUCAGGUAUCUGACCCUGAACCCAAGGAGGAGGAGAAUAAGCAUGGUCUCUUGGAGAAGCUUCAUCGAUCAGAUAGCAGCACUAGCUCUUCCAGUGAUGAGGAAGAAGGCGAGGGAGUGGAGAAGAAUAAGAAGAAAAACAAGGGAUUGAAGGAGAAGAUCAAGAAUAAGAUAACAGGAGACAAGGAAGAAAAGAAGGAAGAGGAUACCACUAUUCCUAUUGAGAAGGUUGAGAAAGACGAAGAAGCAGAGGAAAAGAAGGGUUUCCUUGAGAAAAUCAAAGAGAAACUGCCAGGACAGCAGAAGAAGGCUGAAGAGGAAACCCUACCUGCACCACCCCCAGCUGAGAAUGCUCAUGCAGAGGCAGCCUCUCAUGAAGGAGAUGCUAAGGAAAAGAAGGGUAUUUUAGAGAAGAUCAAGGAGAAGAUUCCUGGGUAUCAUCCGAAGACAGAGGAAUAGCAGUAUUUUGUGCAAAAGCAUCAAAAUGUUGAUGAUAAAUGUGUGGUGAUUUUGCUGCGUUUGUUUUAUAUGUUAUUUGGUUUUUAAUUAAGCUUGAUUAUGUGGGGAAAAAAAAAAGCUUGAUCAUCUGUAAGAGCUUUUUUUCUUUUUUUUUUGCUUGUCUGUGGGUUUGUUUAUUAUUAUGUAUGUUAUUAAAAAAGAUAUAUAAUUAUAUACUUAAUGUAUUUCCUUUUCUUUAAUGAAUUAUUAUUUGUUUUAUCUUAUACUA